AUGUCAUUGAUCAACUGGGGAAACAACAACACUCUUGACAACAUUGAACGUCGUAUGACCAAUAUGAUGGAAAACUUUUGGGACUCGGCACGCCAUGGUCGUCUCUCAGAAUGCGCCUUUGAUACUGGUGGUAUCAAUCCAGCUGUUGAAAUCACUGAAAACGACAAGGCUUUCAACGUCCACGCUGAGCUCCCAGGCGUCCACAAAGAAGAUAUCCAUGUCAAUGUAAAUGACAAUUCAUUGACAUUUUCAGGCGAAAGCAAGCACUCUACUCAAACCAGCACCGAUAAUGUUCGAUAUUCGGAGCGUCGUUAUGGUUCCUUCUCACGUACCAUCCCAGUACCCGACAAUGUUGACAAGGAUCAUAUCGAGGCUAACUUUAAGGAUGGUGUUCUCGAUCUUUCUAUGCCCAAGACCAAAUCUUCAACCUCCAAGAGGAUCACUGUCAAUUAA